AUGGCCUUGCCUAAUCAGUCGAAUUGUGUGGCCCCGGGCGAUCCGAGCGAUGACGACUAUAACCGAAUUGUAGAUGUGGCAGAAAACCUGGUUCCAGUAACCAGUACAGAAGCGGCUCUGACUACCAAUAACCUUUCCAUAUCAGGGUUUGAUCCAGCUGCUACAGGUGGUCUGGUUCAAGUGCCUUCCGGAUCUGAGACUUAUACCGAAUCAUUGAAUCCUCUCACAUUUGACCAGAACUAUACAUGGGAUAUUCCUUUCCUACCGCUGAAUCAGAUUUCCAUUUGGCCACAUUCCUCCGAACAACCGGUUGUAACAUCGUCAUCAACAUCUCACAAUGGCGCAAAAGCCCAGGAAGGAUCGCCACCAGUCGCUGUAAGUGGUACAGACGCUUCUGAAAAUGGAAUCUGGGACCGAUACGGCAAGCGAUGUAUUCAGCCAUUGAUCUCCCGUACUUGUCCAUCCUUCCCAUCUCUCCAGCCUAAAGACGACAUGAUGAUACUGGUUGAAGACUUUAGCCAUGUAAGUGAAAUCAGCAACCCUGCGUACAACCAAAUCGUGGCUUUUUUCAUGGCACAAAGUCUAUCCGAAGGCAAGUCAUUCCCCGAAGCAAAUGUUAUUUAUACAUUUGUUCAACUCUAUUACGAGUAUUUCGAUGCCGAAUAUCCUUUCAUCCACCCGGUUUUGCUCGAAUUUGGAGACGACUCUUGGAUUUUGUUGCUCGCAGUGGCAGCUGUCGGAUCGCACUAUUCAUCAAUAUCCAACGUGGAGGAGUAUUCAAGAGGACUGCAAUCGCUCCUGCAUCGAGCCGUGGAGACCAACGUAAGCCGUUCAUCGGUAAUUGAACAAAAGAGAAAGAUUAUUGAUUUGUGUUAG